ACUACAUAUUAUAAAUCAGCUUUCCAAUCUGCCAUACCAAAUCACAUAAUUCUCUCUGCCGAAUCGAGUUGCACGAGAAGUACUAAAAUGAUGAGCAUGUUGAUACUAGUAGCAUUGUUGGCAGUGGUUCUUCAUUUGUUGGUAAGAAUCGGCUAUGCGAGUCUAUCAUUUUACUGGCUGACUCCGAGACGCAUCAAGAAGAUGAUGGAAAAGCAAGGAGUGCGUGGCCCUAAAGCCCGCUUUCUUGUUGGUAACAUUUUAGACAUGGCUUCUUUCUGUUCUCAAUCCACCUCCAAAGACAUGGACUCCAUUAGUCACGACAUCGUUGGUCGCCUUUUGCCGCAUUUUGUUGCCUGGUCUAGACUCUACGGGAAGAGAUUUAUAUAUUGGAAUGGGACGGAGCCGAGGAUGUGCUUGUCGGAGACGCACCUGAUAAAAGAGUUGCUACUAAAACACAGUAGCAUAUCCGGCAAGUCAUGGUUGCAGCAACAAGGCACAAAACAUUUCAUCGGACGAGGUUUGUUGAUGGCUAACGGCAACGAUUGGUAUCAUCAGCGUCACAUUGUUGCCCCUGCAUUCAUGGGCGAUAAACUCAAGAGUUAUGCGGGUUACAUGGUGGAAAGCACCAAGCAAAUGCUGCAAUCAUUAGAAAAUGAAAUAAAGUUGGGACAAGCUGAGUUUGAAAUUGGUGAGUACAUGACUCGGCUCACGGCCGACAUCAUAUCUCGAACAGAAUUCGAUAGUAGCUACGAAAAGGGAAAGCAAAUAUUUCAUCUGCUCACCGUUUUACAGAAUCUGUGUGCACAAGCCAGCCGGCACUUGUGCUUUCCUGGUGGCAGGUUUCUACCUAGUAAAUACAAUAGGGAGAUAAAGUCAUUGAAAAUGGAGGUGGAGAAAUUACUGAUGGAGAUUAUCCAGAGCAGGAAAGACUGCGUGGAGGUGGGGCGAAGCAGUUCAUACGGGAAUGAUUUGUUAGGAAUGUUGCUGGACGAGAUGCAGAAUAAAACAAGAGGAGGAACUGAGGAAUUCAGCCUCAAUUUGCAGUUGAUCAUGGAUGAAUGCAAGACUUUCUUUUUUGCAGGACAUGAUACGACGGCUCUUCUUCUUACAUGGACUGUUAUGCUCCUUGCUAGCAAUCCUUCUUGGCAAGAUAAAGUCAGGGCCGAGAUUAAGGAAGUCUGCAACGGAAGCUCACUCUCCAUUGAACAUCUCCCCAAACUUACUCUGUUAAACAUGGUGAUCAAUGAAUCGCUUCGCCUUUACCCUCCAGCUUCUGUGCUUCCGAGGAUGGCCUUCGAGGAUUAUAAGCUCGGAGACCUCCACAUUCCAAAAGGAUUGUCCAUAUGGAUUCCGGUAUUAGCCAUACAUCACAGUGAGGAGAUAUGGGGAAAAGAUGUGAAUGAGUUCAAUCCAGAGAGGUUUGCUUCAAAGACUUUUGCUCCUGGCAGACAAUACUUCAUGCCAUUUGCUGCGGGUCCAAGAAACUGCGUUGGUCAAUCCUUUGCUUUGAUGGAAGCUAAGAUCAUUUUGGGCAUGUUAAUAUCCAAGUUUAGUUUCAACAUUUCUCAGAAUUACAGGCAUGCACCAGUUAUUGUGCUCACCUUGAAACCCAAGUAUGGGGUUCAGAUAUGUUUGAAGCCCUUGGAUUCGUGAAGAGUUGGAACAAUUUUUUGGUCUUGUUUUUUGUUUAAGAGUGGCUAAAACUGAGAGAUAAUAAAGUUCAAAUAUCCAAGUUUUGUUUUUACAAUAAUGGAAACCUUUACCUUUUGAAUAUUUGACUCAAGCGUACACAUAA